GCACGCCCGGACAGCCUUUUGGCUGUCUGGGCAUGCUGGACGUUGUAGCUUUGCAACAGCUGGAGGCACACGGCUUGGAAAACACUGCUCUUAUAGCUCCCUGUGACAUUAUCCACUCUUUUGUUUAAAAUAGCUUGUGUCAACUAUACUAACAGAACUCUGUGAUGAGGAUCAUACUGACUCAGUACAGCCUGCAGUAUUCUCUAUCGGCCACCAGAUGGAGACAACAUACUGCAGUAAAAAUAAAAAGUUAGAACGUGAUCGCGCUCUCUGAUUGGCUGAACUUUAGGGUCAGCUUAAAAAACAUGGCGUCCUCCAAAGUGUCGCAUGUUGUGGCGGAUGCCGGAGCUUUUCUUAGGAAUGCCGUAUUACAGGAGAUCGGGGCUCACAUCUACACCGUGCCGGACGUGGUGGACGAGAUCAGGGACAAGCCGACCAGGAGGCGACUGGCAGUGCUGCCCUAUGAUCUUCUGUUCAGAGAACCCAAACCUGAGAACAUCCAGCUGGUGACAGAUUUCUCUAAGAAGACCGGAGAUUAUGUCAGCCUCUCCGCCACUGACAUCAAGGUCCUUGCCCUCACCUAUCAGCUUGAGGUUGAACAUGUUGGUACAGAACAUAUAAGAAAAGAGCCACCACAGAAGGUGUGCGUGUCACCCACAACUAAACAUCCUGAGGCUCCAGUCAAUGUUGCUGGGUUUCCAAUUUCCUUCCAGUCCACAGGCAAGAAAGAAGACAUACUGAAGACACAGGCAAAAGAGGAGACUAAAGAAAGCACAGAGAAUAAAGAGUUCAAUUCGUUUUUCUUCUGGAGAAGCCCCCUACCAAGUAUCGAGGAUGAUUUGCUGGAGUUAAUGGUAUGUCUAGGAAUGCCCCAGUCAGUAUCUGUGACUACAAGCCUAAAGGAAGCUUCACUGACUAAACAGGACCAUGAAGCAGACAAAUCUUCCAGUGAGGAGGAGGAGGAUGAUGAUGAUGACGACAAUGGGGGAGGUUGGAUUACACCUAGCAACAUCAAACAGAUCCAGCAGGACAUGGGCAGCCAUGAAGCACCAGUAAAUGUAGUAGUUGGCUGCCUGACUACGGACUUUGCCAUGCAGAACGUGCUCCUGCAGAUGGGGCUGAAUGUGCUCUCUGUGGAUGGAAUGCUGAUCCGCCAGACCAGGAACUACAUUUUGCGCUGUCAUGGCUGCUUCAAGACCACAGCCGAUAUGACCAAGGUGUUCUGUCCCAACUGUGGUAAUAAGACGCUGAAGAAGGUCGCUGUGUCUGUGGAUGAAGAUGGUAGCCUCCACGUUCAUUUCUCUCGAAACCCAAAGGUUCUCAACACUCAGGGGCUGCGGUACUCAUUGCCAGCCCCACAAGGUGGCAAGCAUGCAUCAAACCCACAUUUAGUGUGGGACCAGAAUUUCCCACAGCAGCGUCUUUCCAAAAAGGCAAGAUCCAAAACAGAUGUAUUUAACCCAGAUUACAUUGCCGGAGCAUCACCCUUUGCAGAAAACGACAUAUACAGCCGUGCUGCCAAUUUAAACAUCAGAGAUGGAGCGGUAGGAGCUGGGCGAAGGCGGGUGAACCCUAAUGCUCCCCGAAAAAAAGGAGUGAAAAAGAGAUGAGUCCUGUAUCAACGAAAGAGGGGAGAAGAAGAGGACUUAUAUUUAUAAUGUGCCUUAUGUCAGCCUGGCUUGCAGUGGAAUUCUUGGACGAAUGGCUAAAAUAGAAGGUCUGGCAUAGGAUAACAUACAGAUAUAAUAAUGGAGUAAACAAGGCUCCACCUUGUUGAUGUUUUCCACAGUCAGGGUGAAAUUCUAGUAACUGUAUUUGUAUAAAUUUCUAUGCUGCUUAACAAAUAUUUGUGUCCUAGUAUGUUCUCCUUUUAUAGUACGAAAGCAGCUUCUAAACAAAUAGGUCUAUUGUGAAACAUGAUCUUGUGGUCCGGUAUUAAACUCUGGAAAUGCU